AUGGGUCUCGCCGCUCCGCUGUGGCUCCAGACUCCAGACGGACUCCAAAUUAGCGGCCGAUGCCCCAUUGUCAAGCUCAAGCUGGCAGCCGCCCCCUCUUUCCCGUGUGCGUUCCUGAAUCCCCUCGACACGAGCGCGCCCAUCGUGUGCAUCGCAUCGCACCGCACCGCGCCGCAUCGAGGGACUAUGGCGCUGAGGCGACCAAUCUGGCAGCAUUCGCCGCGCAUCUGCACCAUCUCUGCCCUCAACGCGCCUCGCCAUGACGCCCCGUUUCGCUGUAAUGCCGUCGUUUCCAGCUCAUCAGCGACCCCGAGUCGACGACGACUAGCAUCUCAGGCCGCCGCCUCACAAGCAACUGUCCAGCAUGCCCAGCCCCCAGAGUAUCUUCUCCCGCGGCGCGACCGCACGGCGCUGGACGAUGUCUUGAGCGCGCUCCAAACCAAAAACACAGACCAGCUCUUUGAUGCCUUUAUGGCAUGGACCGACAUCCUCGCGGACACGUCGUCGCCCCUACAUGACGCUGCUGUGCGACAAGCGCAGCAUCUUCCGGGCCCGACCUUGUCAGAACUACUUCGCAGCUUCGACCCAGUCGCGUCUCCGGCCCACGAUGUCGCCCACGGCCUCAACAUCACGCAGGGCCAGACGCAGUUCAUGGACGUGGGCGACCUGGUGGACGAGUUCGGCGUGCGCACGCGUCACUGCAGACUCCUCCCGGCACUGCAGGUGCUCAUCGACGUGCGGGGGGACUCGAGCAGCAACAGCCUCACCCCCUCCGACUACGAGGUAUGCCUCCGCUGCGCCGGCGCCGCCGUCGGCCACCGGGCCGCCAAGGAGAUAUGGAACGCCAUGGCCAAGCACGGCGUCCAGGACUCGCGCACCUCGCAGACCUGGAACGAGUUCAUCAAGGCGCGCUUCAUCACCGAGCCCCUGUACUACCAGUUCGACCGCUCCCGCGUCGCCAAUCUCGCGCGCCACAUGUACAGCAAUCGCGAUCCGCUGCCCAGGGAGAGGAUCAGGCGUAUGGACCACAUGCGCCUCAGCCUCAACGCCCUCAAGCGCGAGCCCUGGAACCGGAGGCGCGAGGAGCCCGACGAGGACCUGCGACGCCUGUUGCGCCGCCGCUACGACUUCAGCGCCUACAAGAACCACUGGGUCCGCGCCCUGUACUACGGACUCGAGAUGGACGAGGCGCUACUAUGCACCUCCAUAAUCGCCUUUGCGCGGUCCAGCUCCUUGGACCACGUCACCAUGAUCCUCAAGAGCUACUACGGCAUCGAGAUCGAAGCGGCUGCCGACCAGCCUGCGGGCAUCCACAUCUCGGGCGGAGUCGACCUGCUGUCUGACUCCCCCCUCAGGCCCACCGUGCGCCUCCUCGACGCCAUCGUCGAGGCCUUUGGCGCCAUGUCGCUCAUCCCCCUCGGCAUGAAGCUCGUCGACUUCGUCUCACGCCGGUACGACGUGCCCAUCCCCGCGGCAACGUGGUCCAACACCCUCAGCUGGACAUAUGUCUGCGCCUCCAAGCCCUUCCAGUCCAUGCGCCGACUCCGCGAUGACUGGCAGGACACAGCCACCUCGGCCGACGACGUGUUACAGGUCUGGAACGUGAUGACGUCGGAGCCGCACAACGUCGAGCCUUCCUUUGACGACUACGACAUCUACGUCAAGACGCUCCUGAAGAAGCAGUCGUUUGACACCGCGCUCGACGUCAUCCGGCACAAUAUCCUGCCAUAUUACGACUCCCUCGUCGAGGAAUACGAAAAGGCGCUCCUCGACGAGAUUCUCCAAAACGACAUAGCCCUGCCACCAUCCUCCUCGGCGCUCACCACCCCCGCCCGCCGCCGGCGCCUCCAAGCGCAGCUCCGCAAGGACGACGCCCACCACCGCAUCUCCAGCUGGUUCACCCGCCUCCUCAAGUCCGCAUCGGGCAACCGCCUCCACCGCGUCGGCCCCUUCGCCCGCGUUCUCGUCCCCGACCUCCUCGCCGAGUUCCCCGAGUUCUUCCACCCCCAGAUCCGCUAUCGCACCGAGCAGGGCCACGUCCAGCUCGAGCGCCCCGAGGCCACCCGCCGCUUCGAGUGGUUCCGCGAAUGGCGUGUCACCCUGCCCUCGAAGAAGGCCGGCUUUGAAGUCCGUGACCUCGAGGGCGCCGAUCAGUCUGACUUUGAAUGGCCCCGGGUGCAACCCAUGAGGGUCCUCGAGUGGCGGCGCAGGCCAAAAGCCAGGCUCGACAAGCUAGGCAAGGCACCAGCCGACGCGGACAAGAGGGAGUGGUGGAAUAGGCUGGAAGAAGAGCUGCUGCGGUAGAGGGCAGGGUAAAGCCUACGCAUACAUUGCAGCGUAAAUGUAUAAUUGUCAAGUCCA